GCUCAGAGUUACUCCGAGCGAAACAAAUGAGGCACUGAAAAGCGACUUAUGUAGUUCUGUCAGUUUGCAAAAAUUAUUAGAAUAGAAAUAAUCCUACAUUGAAUGACGUUUCAGAAUUGUCAACAUUUUAGGUUACAUUCUUGUUUAUAUUAAUUGGAUGGAUUAAAAAAUGUUUAUGUUGGAAUUGAAACUCGGCUUUUUUGUCCGUACUAACAAAUGUUCAUAAUACCAUAUACUAGAGUGUUUGUCAUGUAGAAAUGUAAGAAUUGCCUAAAUAUGUUGAAAAUCCGAGCCUUAAAUCGUGAAUCCUCCUCUGAUGAAGACACUCCUGUAAUCAGACGUGAAGCUCAGGAAGAAAUCGCUUUAGAACUUUACAACAAAGCCUUACGUCUGCAAAACAAUGGAGACUAUGAGGAAUCUGAAUCCAUAUUGCUGCAACUGAUAGAAGAGAACAUACCUCAGCUUGAAAACAAUGGAGGCCUUCCAAAGUCUAUGUCAACACUGAGAUACUCAUGCCAUGUUAAUAUAGGGAACAUUUAUCUGAAGCAGGAUAAAGUCAGUGAUGCCUUAGAAAAAUUUCUUCUGGCUUCUGAAUUGGAUGGGACUGAUGUAACACUGUGGUAUAGAAUAGGAAAACUGGCAUUGAAGCAAGACAAGUUUCAUCAAUCAGCAUAUGCUUUCUCAAAGGGUUUACAAUGUAGUGAAUCCCACUGGCCUUGCCUAGACCAGCUGAUAACAGUAUUAUUUGCCAUUAAAGAUACCAUUACCUGCUUAGAAUAUAUUGGAAAAGCUUUAACAUUAGAUCCAGAGUAUAUCAAAGGUUUAACUUUAAGAAAACAGAUAUAUCAUGAUAAUCCUGCUACAAAAGAGUAUUAUCAACUGUAUAAUCCAGAAUAUAUCUGGGAACCCCCUUUGGAUGUACCAAUUGAUCAGGAAGAGGAAAAAACCUACUUGAAAGAAGCACAAGCGUUGACAGACCGUGUAAAUGAGUUAGAAAAAACCUUAGGACUGAAACCUCUGCAAACUGUACCUUUACCAAAGCCUUUAGAAGAGUAUACAUGGAUGAACCUAUUAGAGACAAUCACUUAUAUACAUCAGUAUAUCACAGACAAUGAAAUGAGUCACUUUACAAUGUUUGAUAUGAGCAGAAGCAUGAGUCAAGCACCUGAAUGUGAAAAAAUGGAAAUAGACGAUGAAAUUAAAGAUGAUAAAAGUGCACCAGAAGAACAGAAACGUACACCUGAUCAAACUGAGGCACCUACUGAGCACGCUGAAGAAAAAGAUGUUGAGACUGCUCCUCCUGAGAGGAGGGUUUCAGUUACUAGUGAAACUAAUAAUGAUGGUCAAGAAAAUACUCCCAAUCAGACAGACAAUGAUGAAGAACAAAAUAUGGACCAAGAUAAUGAAGAACAAGAGGAUUCCGAAUCAAAAAGCGAUAAAACCAAAUCCAGAACGUCAAAACGAAAACGUGACUUGUUGUCAGAUUUACAAAUAUGGGGUUGGCACAGUAAGAGAAAACAAUCAAGGAAAACAAAAGAUAAAGAUUUCACAGUUGAAGACGCCCUGAAUAGAAUCAUUCCUAAUAAUCUACUUCCAAAUAAAAUAGACGCAGAAAAAUACAAUCCAAUGGAAGAUUCUAUGAACACUAUGGAUAUAUACAACUUAUAUGUAGAAGAUCGUAACGUUAACUAUAUUUCUCCAAUACAUUCGCCUAAAUCAGUGAACUACGAGCCAUACUUUGGUACAGAUCGAGAAAAAGACGACGUACUCGAAUUUUGGACUAAGAAACGUUCUAGAUAUGAUGCUGUGACAUUUGUUAAGGAAGUGGUUUUUGCUUUGUCGAAAUUGUGGCACUACAGUUGGCCUAAACAUCUAAUUCCGCUGUAUAUCAAGGCGUAUCAGAUGUUUAGAGAACAUUGUGAUCAACCUCAGGUGUUGUGUACUGAUCUGGAGUUUGAGCAGAUAAGAGAUGAUGCACUGGCUACUUUGUUGUAUGGCGAACUAGUGAGCUUCAGCUCCGAUAUCAAAGAGCAUCUACAACCUACCAUACUAGGCUACCUGCAACUAGUCAGUGGAUGGGAUGUAAAAUGGGAGACAGAAUAUGCGUCAGUCUACAACAGAGUUCACUGGCUUCAGAGCUACAUAUUUCGCAAGGAAAACUCCAACGAUCUCGCCAUCAGAUCUCUAGAACUUAUACGAGAGGUUAUAGAAGAGGUAGAGAUGAAGUCGAAGGAAAAAUAUUUGCUUAGCUUGCCUAACUGUUUCAAGUACGGUCUGAUUACUGGUCAGAUUGUGCAGAAGAUACUGAAGCAUUUGGAUUUGAUCAACUCUUUGGGGACAGUAGAGAGUUUGUAUAACUCGGAAAAGUAUAACGAAGCUGCUGAAAUACUGAAACAAACGUUCAAUAGUUCUGGAAAUUAUCCUCAAGUUGGUAGACUUGGUAGGCCAGCUCAACUUGGGAUUCUCAUGCACUCGCUCUGGUUCACCGAUUUUGCUGAAUGUUUAGUGUGGACAGAGGUGUGCUUGAACGAAGCCGUGGACCACUUUUUGAAACCUAAAAAAGACUUGGAAAAAUGGGAGAGAAUCAUCGAAAAAUGUCUAGCGAUUCUUUUUGAAAUUAUAAAAUCUGAAACUGUCGUGGUUAUUGAUCGAUUGACAGAUGAUCGAAAAGUUAGAUUUGUGGAGAAUUUGUCGAGGAUUAUAUCAAAGCAACUGAAUUUGGAUAGUAUGAGGACGAUUCCGUUAGGUAUUGUUACUCCGUGGAUUUUGCUGCAUUACGUUCUAGUCAGAAACGAACAAAUAGAAUAUGCUCGUAAGAGAGCAGCACAAAUAAAAAGAGGUGUAAUUCCAGUUGAUGAGGAUGUUCCUGCUUCUAUUGCGAUUUUAUUCUCUGCUCAUGAAUUUUUAGGUCCAAGAGGCGCUUGUAUGACAAAUCAAGGAGAACUGUUACAUUUCAUACUGGAUACUGUACUUGAUAGGUUGGAUACACCAGUUUUUGAACAUCUCAAAGAUAAAAUGGAAGUUCACUUAGAACAGGCAUUUUUCUGUCUUUAUCAGCAUCCCAGCAAAAAAAGCAAGAGUUCGCGUCAUUUGGCGGACCACAACGUAGACCCUCUACCACUAUCCUGGGAACGAGCAUUUCAACUCUAUGAAUUCUUCGGUCCAGACUGCUUGCCGGAAUUCAACUCCUACAAAAACGCUUCUAUUUCCUGCGAUAUCGAGCAGCUACUCAAAAGAAUCAUCGCUCUGGUUCCUCAGAACUGCUCCCCUCAGCAACAUUUACCGAAAAUCAUGGAUUAUAUCCAUGGGAAGGUUGAAGUGGUUCCAGAACCCAUUGAGUUCCCAUUUAAACUCAUUUCUAUAUAUUAUUUGAUCGGAGAUUACUACUUUAAACAGAAGGAGUUCAAAACUUGCACAAAAUACUUCCAAAUGGACUUGUGCAUUAACCCACUGCGCUUAGACUCGUGGGCUUGUCUUGCUUUAAGCUAUGCAGCACAGUUGGAAGCUAAGUUGACACAUUGUGCGAAGUUUAAAACUGAAAUGGACUUUCUGGAUAAAGCGAAGUAUGCUUCGAUUUGUUUCAAAAAGGCUUUGGAGAUAUCUCCGGAUUGUCUAAUGUUGUGGCUCGAGUAUGGGACGUUCCAGUAUACAGCACAUUCUUAUUGCUCUAGAAUAUUGAAGUUCGAGUCGGAAAAUUUGAGUAUGGAGAAGUUUGAGUUCUUGGAAAAUCAAAAGAAUAGCUACUUGGAUAAUGCUGGCGAAAGUUUUGAAAAAGCAAUAACACUGCAUGAGACAGAAGAGGGAUCUAAUGAACCUGACGAAAGAUGGUUGCAAUACUAUAUUCUUGGAAAAAUUGCCGAGAAAAAGCAAAAAGAACCUACAGAAUACCUACAGUAUUAUUUAACGGCGUCUAAACUUCUGGAAGAGAACAAUGCCCAGUAUCCAGACAAAAUAAACUACAACUCACCUCAACAUUUAUCUGUCGAAGUACUUGAACUGCACUAUAGGAUUCACGCGUCGGUACUGAAAUACAUGGAAUUACACGAGAAUAAAGAAGUACCUAAUUCGCUUGGAAAAUUUUUCAAUAAAUGCAUCGAUUCAUCAUCAUUUUACAAAAAACGUACGUCUGAAGUCGCUUCAGAAACGGUUGGUUUGGUUUCGGAAACAGCAGAAAAGAUUAUUCCCGGCAAAAGUGCUGAUAAUACUUCUUCGGCGCUAGGAUUUCAAGAACAAUUUUUGAAUUCUCUCAGUAAGUUGGAUGGCAGUCAUAUUCCUGUAGACAACAGUACUGUGGAUGCUGCUGACAACAAGAUGCAGAUUGAAACGGCUCUAGAUGAGAAGAAAGAAGACAAAUCUAACCAAGAAGUACGAAAUGAAGCUGUAGAAACUAAGAAAAUGUCUGAAGAAACGUUCAAAGAACCUGCUGUAGAAGGAAAGUCAAAAGAUAUAAGCGGUGAUGAUGUGAUAAUGAUUUCCGAUUCAGAUGAUGAGAAACCAGCUGUGACAGAGAAAGAUGAAAAAAACAGCGAUACUGAAAAGAUAGAUGAUCUAGUACAAGCCAGUACAUCUAAAUCAGUGCACGUAAAGACACCAACAGAGGUAGAAAAAAUGGAGGAGACACCUGUAGAAAAGGAGCAACCUAUGCAGGAAGUGAAAGAUUUUCAAAAGAUGCUUGAUGAAAUGAUGGUUGAAACAAUGAAAGAAGCUGAAAAAGAAGAGCUGGAUUCUGAUUUAAGCACCACAGGAAAGGUGGAAGAAGUUUCUAUUAAAGAAGAGUCAGUUCCUGAUUACAAACCUUCUCCUGACAAAGCUAUAGACUCUCAACCGGUGGUUAAAGUGAGUGAUAGUGAAACUGAUACUGAUAACAAAAAGACUUCGUCAAGCAGUUCAUCGUCUUCCAGCAGUUCAAGCAGUAGUUCAGAGUCUGACAGUGACGAAGAUGAUGAAGAAAGUAGUUCAUCAUCAUCGUCAUCAUCCGAUGAUGAUGGGGAAAAUAUGUCCAGCAGUGAAAUAUCUCAACUUAUAGACAAAUGCAUCGUAGGACUGGAGAUAUGCAUCACAAGACUGACUCAGAACUACAAAGCAUUGUAUCGCCUGGCACAUUUGUACUUCCACUAUAAGGCAAAGAAGGAUUUAACUAAAAGUAGACAGUUACUUUUGGGUGAAUACAAGUGCAAAGAUGGCGUCGCUAUAGGAGGGCUGUUCACUGAUAGAAAGCAUUAUAAUUUCUUUAACGGAAUCUGGAGGAUUCCAUCAACGGAAAUUGAUAGACCCGGAUCACUAUCUGCUCAUAUGAGUAGAUGCGUUUCUCUGUUACUUCAAAUACUACGAACAACAAACGAUAACAAGACCUUGAUAGAUCUCGCUGUACAACUUUACAAAACACCAGAACCAGACAAGAUAUACAUAAAAGAUUCCGAACGACUAGCUUUCUCAGAUCAAGCUCUCACCAUGUGUCUGCAAAGUUUAAGAAACAACGCUAAGAAUAUUGAAAGCAUGACCAACACUCAAAUAUCUAAGCUACUCAGUGACAUAUACAGAGUGUAUCUGAGAAUUCAGAAGCACUUGCCUGGUAAAGAAACGCCUUUUGGCAAUUUGCUGGGUGAUAACUACAAAAAAUUCAUCAAGGAAAAGAUUCCAGAUAACGCAAAUGUGCUUGAAUUGGCUACUAAAUUUUGUAUUCAAAAUAAGCAGUCUGAAAAACAGAAAAUAGCCCAAAUUGCAACUAAUCCUGUGGCAAUGCCAAGAAAUCCAGGUGCUCCAGUGCCACCUGUUAUGCCAACACCUUCAACAUUACCCGGCGUCCCUCAAGCGGCUCCAAUUAAACGUCAGAAUAUAGGUAGACCUCGUGGUCGACCUCCAGCUCCAAAGCAACCAGGUCAAUCACGACCUCGUGCCAAAUCCAAUUCUGCCAAGAUGUACAGCUGGCAAAAGAACUUGAUCGAUCAGAGCUACGCAUACGAGUACCUCAAGCAUUAUCAGGAGGAGUUGAUUAAGCAAUACAGUCAGAAUAUGAGUUUGAAUCAGUUGACGCAGCUUAGUCAGAUCGCUUAUUACACUGUCCGUCAAAAGUGAGCCGAGCCUCUCACCCAGAGACCAGACUUUAGCACUUAAAACUAAAAAAUAUUCUCACCAAACGGAUCGCACACCUAACGGUCACGUCUGCAUCUGCAUCUGCUUGUGACGUCGUGCCAGACUUGGUAGUAUUACUGCCGGACCAUUGCAUAGUGGCCGCGGUGCCACGUCUCACCAAGUUAGGUAUUGGGGAGAGGCGCCGUUGCCAGGGAAAUAUAUGGACCUGUUUGACUGACUUUUUUCUCAGAAAGUCAAGUCUGUGCAGGACGCCAUUUUUUAUUAGAAAGAAAUGUACUAUUGAAAGUAAGAACUUGACAUCGGGUACUGGCUCAAGGCCAGAUUAGCAAUCCUCUGACAGCAGCGGCAAUUACGAAUCAGUUUUUGAGCCAAACAGGGCUGUUAAGCGCCGGUACCUCCGGUGUGGGAGGUAUGAUGAAGCAGAUGCAAGGAGGCAUGAGCCCAUUGGCUGCUAUGCCUCUGAUGGAAGGUUUAGGACAAAUGAAUACCACUGCGAAGAAGAAGACUGGUGUGGAUCAAGCAAUGGCUGGCAUGUCAAGUGAUCAACUAAAGUUCCUUGAAAACAUGGCAGCUUCUGCAUUAAAACAAACAAACACAAGUCUUCCAAAUAGGAGUUCGAUUCCACACAUGAUAACCACCACAUCUGGAAUUGCUUCGAGCAGCACUAGCUCAAAAUCUAAGAGCCUGUCACCUACAAAAUCUUCCAUGAAUUCAUCAAAGAGUAAGCCAUCUACAUCUACACUGUCUAAGUCGUUGACUAUGUUUAAGGAACCUUCAGUGUCUAAAGCAAACCUACCAGAUGAUCAAGCAACAAAGGAUUAUAUGAAAGACAGACCAAAUAUCUCGAUUACCCCUGUGUCUGUCAGUUUACCACCCCCUCUUCCCGUAUCUGUCACACAAUCAACGUUUGUCAAACCACCACUUCCCUCAUCUAGCUCUGGUGGUAAAACCCUGCAAGAAAAAUUAGCAGAAAAGAAAAAGGAACAACUGAACAAACAACUCAAAUCAAUGGAAGCAACUAUAGGCUUUUCCAAAGAAAAAAGGAAGGAACCAGUUACUGCAAUGUCGACGAAGCCAACAGAAUUCUCCAGAGAAAAGAGGAAGAAAAGCAUGGAACAAGAUAUGCGUUCAGCUGAUAGCUUCAUGAAAGGUCUAAAUCUCCCCAAUAUCCCAUCGACUUUGACCGUAUCCAAGACCCCUAUUCCAUCUAUCAGUCAACCAUAUGCAAUUCCGAAACAUCCAAAUAUCCUGAAGUCUCUUGCAGGGAUGCCAGCUGGCGGUAGUUCUUGGCUCGAUCUGGGACGCGCAUCUACCAGCAUUUCUCCGAUAAUUCCAGCUAAUAAGUCUCCUGCUGUCAGUAUACCACCGACAGUUAAUUUCUCGAAGCCUGUGAUGCCUUUUGUGCCACCGAAGUUUCCGUGUGAUUCUGGGAUGUCUGUAAGCCAGAAUCAGAAACCUGCAGCUCAGCCGAGGAAACCAUAUAUUUGGAAUCCAUCAUUUUAGAAAGUAAAUCUAUAUCAAUUAUGUAAGUCUACAGACAUGUAUUUUGAUUGAGGAAUGUUUUCUUUGUAUUCCUAGAUGACAUGUUUCGCUUUUGUAGACCAUAUAUAUAGUUUAAAAUAUAGAUUAGUUCCUAAUUUUUCAUUAAGUCAAUAUUUUGUAUGUACCUGCCUUACGUUCUUUUAGAUAGCCGAAGCAUGAAUGUAUGUACUCGCAUCUUGGUUAUGGAUAUUAGCUUACAAGAGUAAAUGUGGUUCUAAUAAUAAAGGACCAACGAAAUGCAUCUCUAAUAAAUUUGAAGAUAGAUAUUUGCCUUCUUGUAAAAUGUCACUCAAACAGAGAAAUUAUACGAUUAGUAUUAAUCUCAUAUUACAUAAAAAAUGGCUCAUAUGACCAAAAAACUAUUUUUUUAUUCGGCCCCAUACACAAAAUUUGCGAUUAUAUCAAAAAGGAUUUGCGAUCUGCUAGAAAAAUAGAUCAAGCCUAAUACAAUAGAUUGAUAUCACAGCAAUAACUCUACGUUUGCUUAAAAAUAGCAGUGUCACUACUUUGAGAGAGAUUAGAUUUGAACUAUGUUUCGAGCAGGCCUCAAUACCUUCUUUUUGAUUGGUCGAAUUUGCAUCUCCGUCACAAAUUUUGUGCCGCAGCCAAAUUAAAACAUAGUCUUUUGUAGCUAGGUGUUAUAUGUACUAUUUGUUGAUUCAUAUGAGAAUUAGGGGCCCAUCUUUCAAAAUUCGUAUAAUGUUUAAAUUCGUAAAGUGUUUCUCUAGUUUGAGAGAAAUUUUUCAAGAACUCCACCAACGACCAUAUUCGUUAAAUCCAUUACUUCUCGUUGAUAGUAUUUGUGCCAUAGGCGCAAUAGUAAGAUCGAUCAAAUAAUGAAUCAAAUGGUAAUAUGUACGAGGUGUGUUUGAAAAGUAUCCGACUUGCGUUCAUGCCUUCUCGCCAGCCUGUACGAGCGGCCUCUGAGGGGUAUGAGCGUAACCAGAACUCCCUGAAUGCCGUAGUUACCGGCCGCACUCAUUGGGUGGCGCGUGGCGUGUGUUUAUGUUCAGCCUGUUUUUUCCGUUCGUCGCAUUUGUUUACUGUUGAUGAUGAAAAGGUCCUUAAGAAGGUUAUUACUGGUGUUGAAGCAUAGGCUUAUUGUUACGAUCCUGAAACUAAACAACAAUCUUCAUAGUGGAAGUGUCCAGAUGAGCCAAGGCAGAAAAAAAACACGCUUUCAGAUAUUGAAGCACCGCUAGGAGCGAGUGGUUAAAUCAAAUAGGAACUACUUCGAAGGAUGCCACGGCCCGGAUGACGAAGAUUGGCACCAAUGCGGAGAUAUAAACGCAGGUCGGAUACUUUUCGGACACACAUCGUACAUUAUAACCUUUCAAACAUUCUAUCAACUUUUAACGAGGGUUUAGGCAUGGUCCAAGAUAGUCUAUAUGGUUUUCUUUCUAGUUUUUUUAAUGUUCUUUUUUUAUUUUUGUAUAUAUUGAAUUUUUUUACUUUUUCUCGCAUUUUUAUUGAUUUACAUCAAUAAAGCACUUUAUUGAUACUAUAUGAUUUUUUAGUCACGUAACUCUUUUUUUUUUAGGUUUAAUACUGGGUAUUUGUGGGUUGCAUGUGGAUUAUUUUUAUGUGCUAUCAGUUGAAAUGCUGUUAUUUGUACUAAUAAUUAGAUGGCUCUCUUUUAGUUCAAAUCCAUGAAAUCAAAGCCUUACAAACCAAAACAGAAGCCUAAAAAAACACCUGAAGAUUCAUCAGUGGGGAUUUUGGAAAAAUUCUCUUUGGGCUCAGCUGUAGAAAUUUCACCAGUAGUAAAAGAGGCUCCACCGCGAAAAUCUACUAGUAGUAAUAUAUCUGUCAGAAAAACAGUAGAUAUUUCUAUACCGCAGGAUAGUGGUAUCGAAGUGACAAUAUCUCCAAAAAGGCCACCAAUAGUCAAUACUAGUGGUUCAGAUGAUGUUAUUUUGAUAGAUUAGUGGCAUAAAUCGUUUUUAGAAAAAUGUUCUUUUUCUAUUUAUAUGUAGAUUUUUCUGCUUUCUGAAU